AUGGUUUCCCGACCGGCGAGGAUCUUCUUUGCCGCCCUGGUGACGGCAUUGCUGAUCUACUACCACUCGACAAUCCUGAGCCUGUCAGGCCUCCACUGGGAGUCGCAGGGCGAGUCGACAACCGUUAUCCAGGUGCCCAUAGCAAUACCACCGUCAAGCGGUGACAAGGACGAGAGCACGACAUCGCAGGAGGAUGGCACCUUCAACGAGAUCAAGUACCCCUUCCAGGAGGACCUCGUCCAGUACCGGCAGCCGCGGCUCGACGCGGCCAAGCUGAAACAGUACGCUGCCCACAACGACCACGGCGCCGGUCAGUUCGCCUUCGCGACCUACCUCUCCACGCGCAACAACUCCGUCCACGACCCCUACUUUCUCUCUGCCCAGCAGCUGGUCUACCGCCUGUUAUGGGACCCCGCCUCGCGCUCCGCCUUCCACCCCAUCGUCGUCUUCGUCGCCCCCUUUAUCCCCGACGAGCAGCGCGACAUCCUCCGGGCCCAGGGUGCCAUCGUGCGCGAGCUUGAGCUCGUCCCUUGGGACCCGCCACCGAGCGAAGACGGGAGCAUGUUCCCUUUCGCCCGCUGGAAGGACCUCUUCAGCAAGCUCAACAUUUGGGGGCAGACCGACUUCUCCAGAUUCGCCUUCCUCGACCUGGACGCCUUCCCUGUCCAGAACAUCGACGGCAUCUUCGAGGAGAGCGUCGCGCCCCGUAAGCGCUGCAAGCCGGAACUCCUCCCGCCCGAGGACAAGCCACACCAGGCCGACAUAUGUGACUAUGUCUGGGCUGGUCAGGGCCUGGGCAACGAGGUCAACGUCGGCGUCGUUGUGCUGGAGCCCAACCGCUACAUGCACCAGCGCCUGCUGCGCGAGAGCCAGGACACCACCAAGUUUGACAAUAAAAUGGCCGAGCAGGCCUUCCUCAACUAUGCCUUCCGCGCCACCGGGCCUUUUCCUCCUACCGUUUUUGGCAGGGAGUGGAACGGCUUCUACCCAAAGGAGGAAGAGAAGGGCCUACUGAAGAUCGUCCACGAGAAGCUCUGGAUCGUCGGGGACGAGGUCCCGUGGAUCAGCAACAUAUUCCGCGACGGCUGGGACGACAUCCUAAAGUUGUACGAGAGUCCCCAAUUCGAGGUGCUCAGGAAGCAAGACGGCCCUGUGAAGGCCGCAGGGUUCAUGUAG